UCAGAGGUGGGACUCAAUCGGAGCAGUGCACUCUGGGAAACAUAUGAGGCUUGUAGCUCAGGAAGUAAAGCAUGCAGUCAAUUAUUUCAAGAAAUGGAUGUGAAACUCCAGAGCCAGUGAAAGCCGAAGUGAAAGGAUCUGUCCCUUCCUGGCUGCAGGGCACCCUGCUGAGGAACGGGCCUGGGCUUUUCUCUGUAGGUAACUCUGAGUACAACCACUGGUUUGACGGCUUGUCGCUCAUCCACAGCUUCACCUUCAGCAAUGGUGAGGUGACUUACAGAAGUAAGUUUCUGAAGAGCGACACCUAUAAGAGAAACAUCAAGGCAGACAAGAUUGUUGUCUCUGAGUUUGGGACCAUGAUCUACCCCGAUCCUUGCAAAAACAUCUUCUCUAGGGCAUUCACGCACCUCCAGAAUGUCAUUCCUGACUUUACUGACAACAACUUAAUCAACAUAAUUCGUUAUGGUCAGGACUACUACGCUUCCUCUGAGGUCAACUACAUAAAUCAGAUUGACCCUAACACCCUGGAAACUAUCGGCAGGAUAAACUACAGGAACCACAUUGCCUUGAACCUAGCAACAGCUCAUCCACACUACGAUGAGGAGGGCAAUACAUACAAUAUGGGGACUGCUAUUAUUGGUUUUGGCCAGCCAAAAUACAUGAUCUUCAAAGUCCCAGCUGAUGCCUCAGAUAAAAAUCACAAAAAGCCGGCGCUGAGGAAAGUGCAGCAGAUCUGUUCAAUCCCUUUUCGCUCCUCACUGUUUCCAAGCUACUUCCACAGCUUUGGCAUGACUGAGAACUACAUUGUGUUCGUGGAGCAAUCUUUCAAACUGGAUAUUGUCAAACUUGCCACUGCCUACUUCAGGGGGGUCAACUGGGGAGGCUGCCUCAAAUUUGAUCAGGAUGAUAUUACUUAUUUUCAUAUCAUCAAUAGAAAAACAGGAAAGGAAAUCUCCACACGUUUUCAUGCCGAUGCCCUGGUGGUUUUUCACCACAUCAAUGCCUAUGAGGAUGACGGCCAUGUGGUGUUUGACCUGAUCAGCUACAAGGACAGCAACCUGUACAACAUGUUCUACCUGGAGAACAUCAAGAAAGAGACUAGCAACUUCAUCCAGAGCCAUAAGAGUUUCUCCCCACCAUCCUGCCAAAGAUUCGUUAUUCCACUCAACAUCAACAAGGAGUCUCCCAGAGGGUCUAAUCUGGUGACUCUGGCUGGCACAACGGCUCAGGCAAUUUUGCAGGAGGAUGGAUCAAUCUAUUGUCAGCCAGACACCCUUUUUAUAGGUUUGGAGCUGCCUGGGAUCAACUACAAAUUCAACACUAAAAAGUACAGAUAUUUCUACGGCUCCAGGCUAGAGUGGUCUCCUCAUCCCAACAAGAUCGCCAAGUUUGACAUCGUUGAAAGGAAACACGUUGAAUGGGUGCAGAAAAACUGCUAUCCUUCAGAGCCAGUGUUCGUCGCAUCUCCCGGAGCUGUGGAGGAAGAUGAUGGAGUCAUCCUGUCAUCCGUUGUUUCUUCGGAUCCCAGCAUUUCUCCCUUUAUGCUCGUGCUCGAUGCCAAAACUUUUGAGGAGAUCGCCCGAGCCUCCAUCCCCACCACUGUCCACAUGGACCUCCACGGACUUUUCAUUCCUGCUGCUGAUUCAUCAUAGUAUUGAAUCUUUUAAGUAAAGUAGACAAUGAAGUCAAACUUAUUUUUAAAAAACCUUUUAAGCUAUGUCCAGUGUUAACAGUGGACACAAAAAAUCUACUGCUACUUGCUUUACCUUUGGUAAUCCUAAAGCACUUUAAAAGACAGAUUUAAGGGAAUGUAUAGUAUUAAAAAUGCAAAUGAAGUGAGAUCAGCAAUGUUUGAAAAUCUCAUUAUAGCUGCACAAAGUUUCCACCUCAGUCAGGUGUAGAAACUUUUAUGGUACGUUAACAUUUUUUUAUUUCCAGAGAUUUUAUUUUGUAACAUAAAAAUGUUGAGAAAUUAAGCAUAAAACAAAAUUCUUUUAAUACAUAAAAGCUCUAACUACUCAACUUUUAGACUGAAAUAUGUCUUGUCAUGCAAACAACAAACUUACUGUUUGCUGUCCUAUUUUAAAACCUAAUGACCCGAGGGGUCUCAAGAGAAAAUGGCUACUGUGUGUUAUGUUGUCCCAAAUGAACCAACGUGAGCUACUUAUCAGACCACUAAUAUUGCCCUGUGGUUGGGUGCCCCCACCAGUCAGUCAAGUUUUCAUCCAUGUUUCCUUUUGAGGUAUUAUUAGUUCCUAUUCUUCAUUGAAAUCAAGAGUCUAAGGAUGGAGGCUUUUGUUGGCUGUACAGAUUUGUAUUUUGUGAUAUAGA